AUGAGUCGAAAUAGUUUUCUUAUCUCCAUCACUGCAACACCAAAUGAUCAAAACUCAUUUUACAAUAAUUUGUUGAAGCAAGGAAUGUGUUAUAGUUCAGAAAAUAAUUUAGCUGAUGACACAAAUGUUUUCAAUUCUAAAAUUGGGUUAAAUUCUUUAUACAUUCUACCUGGUCAACAAGUAACAAUUGUUAGACCAUCAGCCCAAAAACUACUUUAUUUAUCAUUAAACAAGGAUGAUUUCUAUGAUGAAAAUGAUCAAAAAAUUGAUACUCAAAUCGAAAACUUAGAUCACGACAUUAUCAUUAAGGCUUCAGAUCACGUUAGAGUAUUUGAAUUUGUAAUGAUUGAUAUUACAGAAGAUGAACAAUAUAUAAUUAUCUAUAAUACAAUUGACAAAGAUAUAACCCUUGAUUAUAGGACAUUUAAUUACAGUGUGACAAAAUUUGCCAUUUACUAUAUAUAUGGUCCAGAUGAAACUUAUCAUAUAAAAUUAAGAUCAACAAAUAUAAGUCCCAAUUAUGAUAAUUUUAAAGUAUUCGGAUAUCGACUUAGAAAGUAUGUUAUUUGUCCAGCAUGCUUAUAUUUUAAGGAUUAUCUUAUUAUUUCUAGGUCAGUUGAUGGUGAAUUUGAUUUUGUUCAAAACAAAUUAAGGGCGAAUAACAUGAUUACAGAAAAAGUAAUUACUAAUGUCGAGAAAGAUUUUUACUUUAAUAUCAACAAGAUUCAUAUAUCUUCUGCCGAGGAUGGCGCUUUACAAUUAAAUAAUGAUUAUGAUACAGAUAUCCUUAUCUCUUCAGAUAGUGUAACUCCAUUACUCAUAUAUAAUCAUGAUAAAUUUAUUGAUGAGAAUGGAAAUAAAUUAUUAACUGCUUAUGCUGACAAGAAAGUCAUAACAAUAUCCAAGAAUUCUCCAAUCUUUCUGGAGGAGAGAGAAAAUUGGAAAAUGAAUCUGAAAUACUAUGAUGUAACAGGAAAAGUUGAUUAUGUUGACUUUCUUGACUUUUCAGGAGCAAAACUUUUUAGCUUAAAUAAGGAAUUAGAACCUGGCAAAAAAUAUUUAUUUGUUCCUGUCAUUCCACCAGAUCCAAAACCAGGCUUUUGCGUCUAUGGCUAUUAUAAUGGCUUUACUAGUGAUUUUACAGAAAAAAUUGACAAAACAUUCAUUUUGGAUUCAGAUGACAAAAUCUUUUUUUAUUCUUUCAUUGACCCCAAAAAAUCUGUAAUAGAUUUUGCUUAUGUAGAUACAUCGAAAUCUGGUAAUGUAAUGGAACGCAGUGAUUAUAAUAUUCAUGAUGAAUUUCUUGACGUUCCUACAAAUGGAUUAACAACAAUUACAUUCAAAUUUGGAUAUGUUGUUUUCACGAAUGCAGAAAACUUUGUAGAUGAAAACUAUAAUUCAAUUGAUUCCUAUUACCUCAUUUAUGAACCAGAAACAUUCAAAAUUCAAAGAAAUCCAAGAAGAAGAUAUGAUCACAGUCAAAUUCACUACUUAUUUGUGCCAUUUAUGGAAAAAGCGACGGCAAGUUUCGUUAUCAAUUUCUUGACAGAAAACGGCAAUGUUAUUUGUAAUACAAGAUAUGUGGAAUCAGAUAAUCUGAUUGUAAUCGUAAAUCCAUAUAAUUGUUCCAUUAGAUUUACUAAUUAUAGAAUGAGAAUAUUUGAAAAAGAUUACAUUCAUUACCAGGAUGUUAAAGAAAUCGAAAAUGUAAGAUAUGCAGUUGCAUUACCUUUAAGUACAUUAUACCCCUGGAAUUGGAAUUUGGAAGUUUAUCAAUAUUACAAAAAUCCAGUAUAUCAGGAAUAUAAAUUCCAAUUAAUUAAAGCUGAUAGUUUAUUUAAAACUAAUGGUGAAUCUCAUACGCCUAUGCAAUCUCAUGAUUUUGAUUAUCCUACAAUUGGUCAAUAUUUCAUUAGAUUAACAACAGAAAAUAGAACUUUUGAUGUUGAAGCAGGAACAUCAGUUUCAUUGUAUUGUGAUGAUUUCACAGGAGUUGUUGCAAUUUACAAGAAAGGAGAUUUUGAAAAGAAUUUACUGAAACAUGGAAUCAUGAAUAUUGAUUACACAGUAAAUGGUCAAUUGGUUCUAAGGUAUGAUGGUCUCUAUCUUUCCAAAUGCAUUUACGUGUAUUUCUUCAAAAAAGAAGCAAAUGGUUGCACUGAUGUAAUUGUUCAUGGCACUGCAAAUUGGGUAUUCAAAAAUUCUCAAAGAUAUACAGAGUAUAACGUUCAAGCUUUGAAUGGAAAAUGUCGAAAUGUUUAUGUUUUCUUCACUUACAAACACACUAGGAUUCAUGUUGCAAAUGAUGGAAGAAUCUUAUCCGAUUACAGGUAUUUAUUUGGGGAAAAAUCUCCAAGAUAUAUUAGAGAUGUUAAUGAUGUUUUUGAAGAUCCGGUGGUAAUUAAACUUGAUCCAGAAAACGCCAAUGAUGAAUCAACUUUCACAAUUAAUGUAGAUAAUCCGCAUAGUGUUGAAAAAUCAUAUAUCAUUUCAGAAAACAGCGCUUACAAGUCAGUUUCAUCUUCAGAAUUAAACAAAAAUGAAAAUACUCCUGAAAAACCUGUUGAUCCAGGCGAUGAUUCAGGUAAACCAAGCCAUGAAUCAGAUAAGCCAACACCUGAAAUUAAACCAAAUAAGCCAACACCUGAUAACAAACCAUAUGAAAAACCAGGUGAUAAGCCUUAUAAAACAAAAUCAGUAGCACCAAAUGAUGACAAACUAAAUAGCGGCAAAACAGAUAACAAGAAAACUGUAGGAAUAGUAGUUGGAGUACUUGCAGCAUUGAUUGCUAUUGUAGUUGCUUCUAUUAUUGGAUUUAUUAUGUAUAAAAGAAUGCAUAAUGAAAGAGUUAAAAGUUGUGAAGUCCAACCCGAAGAAGCAAAACCUGAAUAUGAAUAUGAUCUAUAA